AUGGUCUCACUUCCACGAACCGCGUUCCGAUUAGGAGAAUCCAUUGAGGCCCAAGUUACUGUAAAUAACCGGACACGCAAAGGACUUAAAGACUGCGCCCUACAGCUGACGAUGAAAACACAAUUUGAAGCGAUGAGUAGGUAUGAGCAUGUGAACGAGAAGAAAUUGAGCGAGCAUUUGAUUGAAAUGGUCCCGUUAGGAAAAGUGAAAGCUCGACGGAAAGAGGUGUUCGCAAAGUGCAUUAUUCAAGUUCCCGAAGGUGCUCCACCGACACAGAACUACAAUCGAGACGGUGGAGACACGGCUAUCAUCGCCAUUCAUUAUGUGUUGAAAUUCACUGCCUUGCCCGGGAUCGAAUGUGAAAUUCCGUUGAUCGUCACUUCCAUGGGCUACGCGGACACGGGCAAGCAAGCGGCAUUCGUGAUUCACAACUCUCGGAAAAGUCCCAGCAAACAGCAGCGGACCACACGAACCAUGAUCGAAGGAAAAAUACCAUAUCAAUGA